CGUCCCACGGUCCCCCUGUAAAGCCAUCCUGGCUUCGAAAUCUUCAGGGCUCCAGACAUGUCUGAAGUGAAGAGCCGAAAGAAGCCGGGACCUAAGGUGGCUGCCCCUGAGCCAGAGAAGCGGAGUGAUGGCAGGAAAAACCCCGAGGCGCGAGGGGGCGCGGGCUGGGCGGACCCCCGCACGGGGCUCAGCCUGCUGUCUCUGGCGACAAGCCUGGGCCUGGCCUGGCUUGUAUUUCAACAGUCAGAAAAGUUUGCGAAGGUCGAAAACCAGUACCGGUUACUGCAAACAGAGAGCAGCGAGUUUCAAGGACUCCAGAGUAAAAUCAGCUUAAUUUCCAACAAGCUUGAGUCUACUGAAAAUACCCUGCAGGAAGCUACAUCAUCCAUGUCUUUGAUGACCCAGUUUGAACAGGAAGUAGCUGGCCUCCAAAGAUCCAUACAUGACAUUGAGAAUAGUGAAGAGAUGCUCACACAAAAGUUGCAAAACCUUAAUGAGAAAUUCCAGAACAUCACAGAUCUCUGGAAGAGAACACUGGUGGAAAUGAGCGAUAACACGGCCGUUUUCAAAUCCGAAGCGAAGAGUACACAUUCUGAAGUCACCCUGAAGAUUAACUCAGCCGAGCAGGAAAUAAAAUUGCUCACCGAGCGCCUGAAAGAUUUGGAAGACAGCACACUACGAAACAUCAGAACAGUGAGCAGGCAAGAAGAGGAGGAUCUUCUGCGAGUAGAGGCGCAGCUUAGCUCGGAUACAAAAGCAGUUGAGAAGCUAGAAGAAGAGCAGCGCACGCUCCUAGCCAGAGAUGAAGAUUUGACCGAUAAGCUUUCCAGCUACGAGCCCAAAGUGGAGGAGUGCAAGGCGCAUUUGCCAACCAUAGAGAAUGCCGUCCACUCCGUUCUCAGAGUCUCUCAGGAUCUGAUAGGGACGGAAAGGAAGAUGGAGGAACUGACUGUGCAGAUGUUCAAUAUGGAAGACGAUAUGCUGAAGGCAGUGUCUGAAAUCAUGGAGAUGCAGAACACCCUCGAGGGAAUUCAGUAUGACAACAGCUUAUUAAAGAUGCAAAACGAACUGGUUGUUCUCAAAGGAAAAGUUCACGAUUUCAUGGCAUAUUCAAGUGCAGGGGAAAAGGGGACUUUGGAAGAAUAUAACCUAGAAAAUAAGGGAACUGAUGAUUAUUAAGUUUACUGCACAUCUUCUGAAGGGCCAUGCUACUAAGUAGGAAUCAGUCAGUCCUGCAUUUUUUAAUUGUUGUAUUCUGCCUCACUUUACCCAAGGAUAGGAGGAGUCUGCAUCUAAUCAAACUUUUAUCUUUUUAAGCUCUGAAACCUACUUUAACUAUUUUCAUAGAAAUAGUUCUGGGCUGGAGAGAUGGCUCAGCGGUUAAGAGCACCCGACUGCUCUUCCAGGGGUCAUGAGUUCAAUUCCCAGCAACCACAUGGUGGCUCACAACCAUCUGUAAAGAAAUAGUUCUAAAAUAUAUAUUGCUCCACUUUUUAAGCAGUAUAUUUAAUAUUUACACGUCUUCCAAUAAUUAAUAGACAUCAUUAUGAAUUGUAUUAUUGUAUCUAUCCAUUAUGGGGAUAGAGAUACAGAAAAUCUAUGGCAAAUAUUAAAACCUUUUACCAUUUCACUGUGGCCCUCGUUUUACGAUUUCUAAGCUAUGUCUGUUUCUCACAACUGUUUCUGUCACUUGCUCUUGCAGCCAGUUGGCAACAUACCUUCCUCUCCCAGGUUUUCGGUUUUGGUUUUUUGUUUUGUUUAUUCAGACAAUCAAGUUCAUAGGAAGUGGAUGUAAAAUAAAGGAUAAUCUUCCUGCAGGAGAACCAGGGGGCUCUCCUGUGAGGUAAUGCCACAUUAUGAGAACUGAAAAGUAUUUUCAUUUUUGCAAAGGUUCUAAACUGUGUGACAGAGACUUGUAAGAGGUUUAAAAUGUGAGUAAAUAUGUUCUUAUUUUGCCCUCAUUAAUAGCCUUUUUCUAUUAGCUGGUUAUGUUUUAAAAUAUGAGUUUAUGGAGUAUCUUAAAAUAUGGAGUAUUUAAAGUUUAUUGUUUACCUGGACUUUUAUUUCUAAACUUUGAACUGUGUGACAGUAGAGUUUACUGAAUGCAAUUAAUAGGUACUGAAAAUAAAAACAUGUUGAUAAGCCUGUGCCUAUUUUAAAGAUUAAACAACAUAGCGAUAAAUUGUGACAACAAUGACAUAUUUAUGUCAUUAUUUUAAAGAUUCUUUAACGUUUGAAACUAAAUUUGUCUCACAUUAUUAAUUUAAAAAGAUUAGAGCUGGGGCCAGGCAUGGUAGUGCACACCUUUAAUACCAGCACUCCAGAGGCACAGGCAGUUGGAUCUCUAAGUUCAAGGUCACCCUGGUCUACGUAGUGAGAUUGUGUCUCUAAAGGGGGAGGGGGCUAGGAGAUAAUUCAAGAAAUGAGGAGCAUGGUGUGUAAGCACAAGGACCUGGGUUUGAUACUAGACACUGACAUAAAAAGCUGGGUCUAGCAUCACCUGCCUGUAGGACUAGCCCUGGAAAACAGAGACAUGAGGAAACUUGAAUAUGUGUGUCUGAGUAUUCCUUUGCUAAGAAAUUUGCUCUGGGGCUAAAGAGAUGGCUCCGUGGUCAAGGGCCCCGGUUGUUCUUGCAGGGGACUUGGGUUCGAUUCCCAGCUCCCACAGGAUGGCUCACAAGCAUCUGUCACUCAGCUCCCAGGAUCUCCAGCACAGGCUUUUGGUUCCUGCAUAUACCAUGCAUGGCGUGCAUGUGGUACACAGACAUAUAUACAGGCAAAAUAUUCAUAUGCAUAAAAUAAAUAUAUCUUAAUGUCCUAUUUAGCAGAGUUGUCAUUGUGGAGAUCUAGAUACGUUUAACGAAUUUUCCUUUGUUUCUUUUUUUGUUUGUUUUAGGGCUUUUUUUGUUUUGAUUUUGAGACAGGGUUUCGAGAUGUAGCCCAGGUUAGUGUUAAGACACCAUUUUCCUGCUUCUGUAUUUCAAGUGGCAGGAAACACAAGUGUAUCCAUUUUGUUGUGCUUUAUGGCAUGUCACCGGUAUUACAAUCCACACUUUUGUAUCUCUGUAAUUGAUAAUAAAUUUUAUAUCCGUUAAC